GGGGAAAGAAGAGUGUAGGUGUGCUGAAUCCCAGCCAUUGUAAUGGGCAAACAGCAGGCUUGUGUCAGCUUAAUGUAAUCAAAAGUGAUUAUUUUCAGAAAUGAAUUUUGUGUUCUUAUUAAUCUGGUGAAAUGUAGUGCGUUCCUUCCGAGCUACAGCUGCUGCUGUGUGUUGUUAGGUUUGCUUCCUAAAAGUAUAGGGUGCUCUCUGCUUCUUGUCCGUGCUUGUUUCAGUGAGAUUAGUUUUGAGAGAUACAUGAUACUGGUUUCUGUCUGUUCACAAUACGUGCAACUUCUUACUGCAACUUGGUAACCUACAACUAGAUCAAGUGACAUAAAUAAAUGUCUUGUAAAAUUGUAAUGUGUUUCCCAUUGCCUUUGAUGCUGUUUUCCGAGGUUCUGUGGACUCGAUUCUCUUUGUUGAUGUUGUUGCUUCAGCUGCAGGAAAAUGUUUAAAGGUACCUCCGUGCAGUGUGUAAUUAAUUACACGGCAUCCGACACAUCACGCGUUGUCUCACAGUGACUCAGACCUCACGGCCCGUCCUGUUCUGGGUACUGCUGACCUUUCCAGAAAAGGAGCACAAGUGAAGGUAGCGAUGCAGGAAGCACAGCUGGCUGGUCGCUGAUAGCAAGGCACUGCCCCACAGGGGGAGGUGUGCCGGUCAAACAAAAGCCCGUGGGUCUGUCUGACGUGCUCGAGUGUCCACUGUGGAAGAUAUGUGAAUGGCCAUGCUAAAAAGCAUUAUGAAGAUGCACAGAUUCCUAUGACCAAUCACAAGAAAACAGAGAAACAAGAAAAAGUUCAGCAUACUGUGUGUAUGGAUUGCAGUAGUUACAGUACAUACUGUUAUCGCUGUGAUGACUUUGUGGUGAAUGAUACCAAGCUGGGACUGGUGCAGAAGGUCAGAGAGCACCUACAGAACUUGGAAAAUUCAGCCUUUACAUCAGACAGACACAGGAAAAGAAAACUAUUGGAAAACUCAUCUCUGAACAGCAAGUUACUAAAAGUAAAUGGAAGCACCACUGCCUUGUGUGCCACAGGCCUUCGGAACCUGGGGAACACGUGUUUCAUGAAUGCAAUCCUUCAGUCACUCAGUAACAUUCAGCAGUUUUGCUGUUACUUCAAAGAGUUGCCUGCUGUGGAGCUGAGGAAUGGGAAGACAGCAGGCAGGAGAACUUACCAUACCAGGAGCCAGGGAGAUAACAAUGUUUCAUUGGUGGAAGAAUUCAGAAAGACGCUUUGUGCUCUAUGGCAAGGAAGCCAAACUGCGUUUAGUCCAGAGUCCUUAUUUUAUGUUGUUUGGAAAAUUAUGCCAAAUUUUAGGGGAUACCAGCAACAGGAUGCCCACGAGUUCAUGCGUUACCUUUUGGACCAUCUACACCUGGAACUCCAGGGUGGCUUUAAUGGUGUUUCACGUUCAGUAAUUUUGCAAGAAAAUUCUAGCCUGACUGCGAGCAGCAAAUGUUGCAUAAAUGGAGCCUCUACUGUUGUCACAGCCAUUUUUGGAGGCAUUCUUCAAAAUGAAGUCAACUGCUUAAUAUGUGGAACAGAAUCUAGAAAAUUUGACCCAUUCCUAGACCUUUCGCUAGAUAUUCCAAGUCAGUUCAGAAAUAAACGUACUAAAAAUCAAGAAAAUGGACCAAUGUGCACACUACGAGAUUGUCUUCGCAGUUUUACAGACCUGGAAGAACUUGAUGAGACAGAGCUGUAUAUGUGUCAUAAAUGCAAAAAGAAACAGAAGUCCACCAAAAAAUUCUGGAUUCAGAAACUACCAAAGGUGCUAUGCUUACACUUGAAACGAUUUCACUGGACAGCAUAUCUAAGAAACAAAGUUGAUACAUACGUUGAGUUUCCCUUACGAGGCCUAGACAUGAAAUGUUACCUGUUAGAGCCUGAAAACAGUGGCCCAGAAAGCUGUCUCUAUGACCUUGCAGCUGUUGUUGUGCAUCAUGGUUCAGGCGUUGGAUCUGGACAUUACACUGCGUAUGCAGCUCACGAAGGUCGUUGGUUCCAUUUCAACGACAGUACUGUAACUCUGACCGACGAGGAGACUGUGGUAAAGGCAAAGGCCUACAUCCUCUUCUAUGUGGAACGGCAAGCCAAAUCUGGAUCAGAUAAACUUUAAUACCUCCUUUUAAUUCUCACUUAUCAAGUCCACGGGACACAACAUUUCCAUUUUUCCAUAAAUACUUGAUCCAAGACUAUUAAUUUCAUUGUGCACUUUUCAAUUUCCUCUUGUGGGUUUUAGUUUUGUCAUGUCAGUGGUAGCGUUUGACUUACUGAACUUGGACACAAACUAACUUUUUUUAGUUAUACCAGAAAACCUCAGCAGAUUUUGAUUUGCUGCUUUAGUUGUGAUAACUCAAUUUUUAUAUAUAUAUAUAUAUAGUUUCAUGAAAUACCUAGUUAUUUGACCUUUUUUAUAUUAAUGUUUCCAGUUCUCACUUUCUAAAGGCACAUUUACAUCAGAGAAGCUUUCUGUUCUCCUUACACGCAAGACAAAUGUGCUUAUCACAAAGAGCAGUACAACUGUGUUGCUCUCACAGCUGUUAUAUAGAUCAAGGAAUUGCUUGCACAUAAUGUUUUACCUCGUGCAAGAAAGUAAGCUGUGACCUCUGACCAAUCAUUCUUUGCCUGCAGAAGAGAUGAGAUGCGACAUCAUUUAAUAGACCAGGUAAUUGCUGCUAUAGCUGCUAUAUGGGUGUGUGUUCAGGCUGCUGAAUUUCAUGAAUUGUUGUAAAUAAACAGUUGGUUCAAUUGUAUCUAUACUGCAGAUUAAUUCAACUAUUCUUCACGUAUGCUUUUCCCUCCCCCUAAACUUUUUUAAAAAUGACCUUGAAAUAUAUACAUCUAAAUUGUCUUGAUUUAUUUUAUCAUUUUUUUUCCAAUCAGACUUGAAUUGUUAAAAGUUGCCUCUUUGUUAGACUGUAAUCUUGAAGUUUGAUCACAAACACUUCCUUGCUUUAAAACUCCUCAGAGACUUCCUGGCAGUGGGACCUCAGCUCUCUUUCCAGCUGGGAACUGGGAGCCCUCAGUGUGGGGUUGUGAGAGCAGCCUUAGGUCUGAAUAUCUUCUGUCUGCUUCAGUGCCUGUAGCUCACUUGAAAGAGAAAGGAAGCAGAUGGGAGUUUGAGAUGCUUGGUGUGAACUUUAUCAGUUCAAAUACAAACUAAAGGGAAAAGAGCCCAGUGGUAGUCCAGAACUACUUGCUGACUGGAGCAGAUUCUGGUAAGCUGUAGUAUUUAUUCAUUAGCCCAGUGUGAGAUCUUUAUUUUCAGUCUCUAGAUUUACACUGAUGGCAUGAUACGCUUUGUAAGACCUGACUAUGCAAUGGAGAAAGACAGCUGUUGGAAGUUUCCAGCUCUACUCCUCCUCCACAGAGUGGAGGUCAGUUAAUCUCUGCUAGUGAGAUUUUAAAAAGGUGGUCAGGAAAAACUAUGUUACAAAAUCCAGGAAUUUAGAAAAAAAUGCUACUUUUCAGUGCUUUCCUUGCCCCCCCCCCCCCCCCCCCGCACAGCCAGUAACCGAUGCGCCUGCAAUCAGAAAAGCCUGGUGGUAAGAACAGCAUUUUACUUCACGUAGAGCGUGGUAUCAGUAGAAUAUACCAGCCUGAAAACACCCCAGAACUGAAGUUUAGCAUGUGAGUACUCUUUCUUUUCAUUUAAUACUUCUAAGAACACAUAGUAUGCAGCAAAAAUUUCCCUACAAACAAAAAACCAUGCAACCUAGUGCAUGUGGGUAUGCUCCUGUUUCCUUGCUGUGGGUUACCUGGUAGUUGUACAGUGGCAGAAUACAAAGAGCAAUCACAGUCAGCUGAGUUACUUUUAAAUGUCAGUCUUAGGUUUUUUUCAGAUCAUCUUAAACCAGGAGAGAUUGACUGACUUAACAUAAAAGCUGCAGAAAAUGUUCCAUUUUGCUGAUUGUGUAUGAAUAUGUGAACUGAACGUUAAUUUUAUAUAUAUAUAUAUAUAUAUAUAUAUAUAUAUAAAGUAUAUUUAUAUAUAUAUAUAUAUAUAAAUUAUAGUUAUAGUUAGAUAAGAGUUCAUUACCUCCCAUUUCUCAGUUUCACGCAGCCAGAAUUUGCUCUAAUCAGAAUAGCUGGUGACAUUUGACAGACCUCACUGUUGUGUGGGAAGUGAAAUAUUUUUUACAGCAUUUAAACCCCACAGGGCAGCCCUGCUGCUCCCAGCUGGGGCGUUAAGUCAAUUCCAUGUACGUCUGCGUGCUGCUUGGCUUGCAUUGCUUUUUAGUGUUUUAGUCUGGGGAAUACAAACCUUGAACUGCACAACUAGCUGUGGGCCAGGAACAGUUUAACUGGCAGGAGUCAGGUGUAUGCUGCAUUCUUGCAAACUAGUGAUGUAAAUGUGCCUUUCUGUUAUUGUAAGAACUUAAUGUGUAAUCUUCAGUGCCAUUCACUUUUGUUUUAAGCAGUUUCUAUUUCUGUUAAUUUGGGGGUCAGACCAAUUUCUCAGUUAAGCAUUUACUUUCAGUAACAUUUUCUCUGUAACAUUAAGGUCUUGGGCAACGGUAUCCCGUAUGGUCCAUGUCAGAUGUGGCCAUGGGAACGCAGUGCAAUCACAUCAGCCUUGUUCUUGCAGCACCUGGUGUACGGACUUAGCCAUAUGCUUUCCUGGAACAAAUACAUUGUAAACCCUUUCCUCAUUUAACUUUCUCCCACUGCAAAACCAGACGGACAGCAUGAACAGUUUGUUGUGGCAACACAAGUAUUUCUCUUCCUGGUGGAGAACUUUGCUUAUCCACUGUAUUCUAUUCAGUGUGGUGUCAGAAGAAAAAAAAAGUAAGCACUGAACCAGUAACCUAUACUGCACCUGGCCUAGUAUUACAUUUUUAACCUUACUUGUAUAUCCUAUAUUUAUCUACUAGCUUGUGGGAGGGGAGGGAUAUCUCAUUUCAUUUAAGCCAAAUGUUUCUACUUAACUGCUGGUCAUACAUGCUAACAGGCGAGAAUUUGUCUUGCUUGUGACUGCUCUGCAAGCAGCAACUGCUCUCUACAGUUCGGAGACUUCCAUAUUUUUCACCAAAAUUUGUCUGUUGGAGGGCUAUCCUUUUAUGUUAGUCACUGUUUAGCCAAGUAUACAACUGGAGACGUGAUGUAUACAAAACAGAACUGCAGCAUGCCCAGCUCUCAGAACACUUCUGCUCUGGUGUGUUGCAUAUUGAGCAUUUAAGGUAGUGUGGCAAAAUGCGACAGCAUUGACAGCUCCUUCUCAUUGCUUAGGCAGAAGGGAUUUUUCCAGGUGUUAAAGAGCUGUGUGAGAUGAGAGUUUAAAACUUCUGGGGAGGGGGAGGCAAUGGAUGUGUUUCAGCAGCAGCAGACUUUGCUAAAGCAGUGGAAAGCGUAACACUUUGGUGUUCAACAGCCUCCCGCGUGUUUCAUUGCUGAUGUGUCUGUGUCUUACUGAUGAGGUAAUCGGCACCUUGAAAAUUGAUUCCAAUGUGCUUUAGGAUAUCCUCAAGUACUGUAGUGCCAUAGUUGUAAUUGUUUACCAUUAAAAUUGUGUGUAUUUUCCAGUGGGGAUCACUGACUGUGCUCAUCUUGUGUGUUAUUGGAGCAUUUCCAGGAUGAACUGAAUUAUAUCUCAUUCACAACAGUGUUUAUGGAAAAUGUGCCAUUAAAGUGUCUCUUUUUCCGUA